AUGGGGAUCGUUUUGGUUGUCAUGUCUGCUCUCAGUUUGGCAGCUGCUAUCACAUCCAGAGGAGAACAUACAACACUCACCGUAUCCAUUGUCAUGUCGAUUAUAGCUGGUCUAUGUGCUCACUCUUGUUUACCGAAACUACGAGACACUUUUCUGAAAGCAAACUUGUCUGGUCGCGAUCUGUUGAAACGAGAUAAGCCAUUACUGCCAGAGACGAUGGGUUUACCAGUUGCCAUCAUCUACCUCAUUACUUUGUUCUUGUUUAUCCCUUUUCCAUUCAUUAACUGGUUUGAAGGCGCUAAUUUGGUUCAUGAAGACGAUCCUACUGUAGGAACAUUUCCCUACAAUAAACUGGGAGAGAUACUGUCAGCCAUUUUAGCGAUUCAAUCAAUGAUUUUGUUGGGAUUUGCAGAUGAUGUGUUGGACGUACGAUGGAGAUACAAGGUGUGGUUUCCUGCAAUUGCAGGUAUUCCGUUGAUGAUUUUCUACUACACAAACAAAGGGGUAACUUAUGUAAUGAUGCCGGUGCAGCUUAGACCCUAUGUAGGGGAUUUGGUCGACCUAGGGCCGCUUUAUUAUGUGUAUAUGGCUAUGCUCAUUAUAUUUUGUACGCAUAGUAUCAACAUUUUAGCUGGCAUCAAUGGUAUCGAGGCUGGUCAGUCUCUUGUCAUCGGGAUCUCUGUCAUUUGCAACGAUUUGCUCUACAUAUUCAACAAUCCUGAUCGCGCCAGCGUGGAAGCACAUUUAUUCAGCCUCUACUUUAUCAUCCCCUUUGUAGGUGUAACCUGUGCUCUAUUGUGGCAUAAUUGGUUUCCUGCCCGUCUAUUUGUUGGUGAUACAUUCUGCUAUUUUGCUGGUAUGACAUUAGCUGUUGUUGGUAUUUUGGGCCAUUUCUCCAAGACACUGCUCUUGUUCUUCUUGCCUCAAAUCUUCAAUUUUGUCUAUUCAUGUCCUCAAUUGUUCAGGCUAGUAGAAUGUCCUCGCCAUCGCAUGCCUCGGUUGAAUGAUCAAGGCCUUCUGCAAUGCUCCACGGUUCGGCCAAAUGAUAAGAAGCCUAUGGGUACAUUGGGAAACAUUGCAUUGAAAUUACUGCAUGCAUUGGGUCUUUUAAAAGUCUUCGAUCUUGGCACAUUUUGGUCCAAUGUCUGA